GGGCUUCCUGAGUCGAGUAAAACUCCCAGUCCCGAGAUUCUCCGUGUCGGAGAGCAAACAGAGUAACCUGAGGAGGUGAAGCUCGUAGAUACUCGGUAGAAAAAAGAGUCAAUGACAGAGGACUGGUUUCUUCUCCUGUCAACGCGCCUGAGGAAAACUACAAACAUCUCAUGCCGACGAUGAAAAUAUGGCAUCUGGAAGAGUAACGUCCUUCCGUCGUGCCGGUAGUCUUAUGCGGAGUAAAUCUGAGGGGACACUGAUUGACCUGGGUGACAAUACAUCAACAAGCAACAACCUGAAUGGUGGGCAUGUGACACGAAUCCCACAGAACUCUGAGUGGCCACUUCUUCAGCCAGAAGUUGCUCAACCAUCUCAGACAAACAAUCCCUUCUGGAACAAACUGUCUGGAUCAAACCCGUUCUUAGAUGACAUUUUGCACAGCAGCACAGACAAACACAUUUUCAACACAUCAGAUGUAAAACAAGACAACGAAAAACAUCAGGACACAAAUAUCGAUGAUGCCAUCAGCACGUCGUCCGAUGAAGGCAACGUGGGAAACUUUUUGCAAAACAAACACAAAGUCACCAAUAGAUCAGGGAGAUGGAGGAGUGCUUCAGACAUCCUGGAUGAUCUGGAGAGAAAAGUGCCAAAACGGGAGGACAGCUUCAAACCGCCCACGCCAGUGCUGAACCCAGACUUUGAGUGGCUGAAAAAUGACAGAGAGGCGUAUAAGAUGGCCUGGCUGAGCCACAGGCAGCUUACCCGCUCGUGCCUGGACUUAAAUCUGAUGAGCCAGAGCCCCGGAUGGGCUCAGACCCAGGCCACUGGUUUUCAGGUUAUUUGCAGGAUCGGCCACGCUGGAGGCACGGUACAAUUACCAGACUCAGAUGUUAGCAUGCAUAUCCCAGAGGGCCACGUUCCUCCUGGAGAAGUACAGGAAGUUACGUUGAAAGCAAUGCUAGACCCUCCUCCUGGACUCAAUAACAACUACAUGACAACCAUGAGUCUGCUUUUGGAGGUAGUUCUCACGAACAUUAACACAAAGACGUGUAUGUCUCUGGAGGUGAAACUGUCCGGAGAGGUGAAGAGUGACUCGUUAAGUCAAGUGAUGACCACCGUGGUCGGGCUGUUGUCCAACAAAAGAGAGGGGCCCUAUGUAAAAGUGGACGAUUGUUACAUUUACAAGAACGUGAUGCAGAUGAAGCUCCAGAACCUGAAGACACAUUUUUAUGUGAUUGCAGUCGCAGAGGCCUCUGCAAUUCAGUCGCCCGCUACAUCCGUGUGGGAUUACCUUGACCGGCAUAUCACUGUAGCAGUUUAUGGUCCCAGGUACAUUCAUCCAUCAUUCAAAGUAGUAAUAGUGGUUUGCUGUCAUGAGAACGUUCCACCAAAGCUUCCAUUUUCAGAUAUAUGUCGAGGCAACAAAAACCUGCCUCCGCUUGUGCUGCAGCUGUGGGGAAAACAUCGGUUUAAACCCGACAAAGUGAACGACCUGCGUGUCAGAGUCAACAUCAAAGGCUCAGCAUUUAAAAUCAAACCUGAGGACAAAUUGAAAGAAGUGAGACAGAGUCAGCUCAAAAUAGGGUCGGUUUUGAAUCUGCCUGUUGCAUUAUCUUGUGCCGGUAAUUCAGAAAUGACUCCCUUUGAAUUAGAUCUACAAGUGAAGGAAUCAAACACUGUGACUGUUGCACAUUUCCAGGUGCCCUCCCCUCCCGCACCACCCAUCCGAUUAGAAAAGCGGGGGUCGAGGCAGCUGGAAAGGCGACCCGAAAUAGCGAGAACAGUAUCCAUCCCAGAGGAGAGAGUUCCAGAUCUCCCCAAAUUUGAAAACAAACCUGUGAAUCUGCAGUGGUACGGUGUUGCCCUAAAGUCAGUCCUCCGUCAGCCACGUGUGGACUACUUACUGGAGUACUUCAAGGGCGACACCAUGGCUCUUCUCUCCAGAGAUACCGUCAGGUCAGUUGGUAACUCGAAAGUAAAAGAGUGGUAUAUUGGAUUUCUGCGCGGUAGGACCGGUUUGAUUCACUGCAAGAACGUCAAGAUCAUAACCAGAGACCAGGUGAUUGACUUCACCGGCAUCAAGGUCACCACAGAGGUGCUCCUGGACAACAUGUCGUUGCCCUUCAAGAAGCUCACUUACAUGUACUCUGCCAUCCAGACGCUAGUCACUGAGCACAUCACCAGCUGGAGGGGUUUAGCUGAUGCUUUAGGGUACAGCAACCUGUCGCUGGACACCAUCACACGAAGACACGCUGAAACCGAGGAGGAUAAGGUGGCGUGUGUUCUGGAGAAGCUAAAGGAAGAUUGUCACGCAGAGAAGAGCAGGAAGUUUUUGCAUGAACUAAUGGUGGGCCUGCUCAAGAUGGACUCUGUGAAGCUGGUGGCUCAGCUCAUUCAGAACACUGUCAUCCUGUCCACUGCUGUGGAGCUCGGGGUCCGGUGGCGGGAGCUCGCAGAGAAGAUGGGGAAACUCUCCAGUGCUCAGAUCGCCGGCUACGAAUCACCACAUCGAGGGAAGAGUGGAGACGUCGGCCCCCAGUCAAUGUGGAAGCCUGCCUAUGACUUUCUGUACUCCUGGAGUCUGCACUAUGGAGACAGCUACAGGGACAUGAUCCAGGAUCUGCACCUGCUGCUAGACAAAAUGAAAAGCCCCGCCACCAGACAGUGGAGGCAGCUGACUGGUGCCCUCAUCACAGCAAACUCUCUGGAUCUCUUUCGAGCCUCCGCGUACCCAAAAAGCUAAACCUUCUGCAAAUGCACUCUAGUGACGACGUCAACCUCCACGCACUUUGGUAAACAGAGACAGAGGUUUUGUUACGCUGCCGUAAGGAUUUAAUGAAGAUGUUAAAAUCUUUCUGUUGUCUGUCAUAGCUUUGUGUUCAUGUUUGUCUUCAAAGAGCAUUAGAUACAACUUCAUUGAAAUUCAGCCAGGUUCUUGCACUAAAUCUCCAGACCUCACUCGAUGAGUAUACACUUGAGCUGUGAAGGAACGUCAUUUCAUCUUGCAAUCUGAUGAAUAUUAAGGCGUUUGUCUACCUUAUUGUGCCAAUGUAAAAGAGACUAAAAGUAAAAUUUCAUUUUGGUAGAUAGUUUACAGUGUUUGAAAAUGCUAUCCUUCUUAAACUUAUUUCUGCAGUACAUCCUGGGUAUAAGCUAUAGUUUGUCAGUCUCAUAACGUUACAGAUUGAGCUAGCCCGCCAACCAUAAAGCUACUUUGCUUGUCAGUCAGAUUGGAGCCUCUUAAAACAUUGUGAAAUACAUUAUGAAAUUAAUUGUUACAGUAACGUUCACCCUAAAAUGUUUUGUUCAGAAGUUUGGUUCACCCUCCAGUCAAACUUAACUAUUAUAGAUGCUUGUUUUAUGACUGUUAAAAUUACAAAAGUAGGGACCCAUGAGUUACUUUUUGUGACUGUUACACGUUUGCAACCUUUCUCUCGAUAUCAGAAUUUUUUUCAUGCCUCUGUGCUGUCAACAGCUGCUGCUGUUCUCUUCUAAUGAUACAGUAUAUCCAAAAUGCCUGGAGGGAAUUUCAUUACAUCUGGCACAAACAUCCACUUGAACGGUGGUUAAAAAUAGUGAUGGUUUAAAUUUGGAGAUCAGACGUUAUGGUCACUGUGACCUUACAAAACACGUCUGACCAUAUAUGCCUAAAGUGCUUAAGUGCUUCAGAGUGUUUUGGGGUUGCAGAACUGUCUCUCCAUACGUAUGUACGUCCACAUGUCUGUCCCAUUCUCAUAAAUGAGAAAUCUCGGGAUUGCCAGGAAGGAAAUUUCAUUAUGUCUGUCACAAAGGUCCACUUUGACUUAAACUGAUGAACUGAUUCGAUUUUGAUGGUUAAGGUCACUGUGACCUCACAAAACACGUCACCAUUACUGAUCUUAAAGUAUGAGAGGGAGCUGCAAGCACUAGUUUUCUGCACCACAUGUAUUCAGAGCCAGAAACCCAAUAGACACUGUGAACACUAUUACUGACCAACAACCUCAUGGGUUUCAAUACAUUGACUUAAAUAAAUAUUUACUGUAGUUUUGUGUUGAAGGUGACGAUAUUCUUCCAAAGUGAAACACGCUUUUUAAGUUUCCCUGAUGCCAGUAAACAAAUUGUAAAGAUGGUGAUUUACUGUGCAUGUGUCAAAAACUAUUGUUGUUUUGUUUUAGUGUAUUUGUUAUUUUUAUACGGUUAUGUAAAAUUAUAUAUAUGUAAAA